AUGAAACCUCAUCGAAUUCGAAUGACACACCAUUUACUUUUAAAUUAUGGAAUUUAUCGAUAUUUGGAUGUUUAUAGGCCAUUCCCAGCAACAUUUGAGGAAAUGACACGAUUUCAUGGUGAAGAUUAUAUGGAUUUUUUGAGAAAAGCAACACCAGAGAAUUUGAAACAAUACAAUAAACAAAUGCUUAAAUUUAAUGUUGGAGAGGAUUGUCCCGUUUUUGAUGGAUUAUUUGAAUUUUGUCAAUUAUCUAGUGGUGGAUCGCUUGCUGCUGCCGUUAAAUUGAAUAAACAAAAGGCUGAUAUUGCGAUAAAUUGGAUGGGUGGUCUACAUCAUGCAAAGAAAUCUGUUUUGUAUGUCGAUAUUGAUGUUCAUCACGGAGAUGGUUUUAAUUUAAAUUUAAAAAUCUUAUUUAAUUUUUUAGGUGUCGAAGAAGCUUUUUUCACCACAGAUCGAGUUAUGACUGUUUCUUUUCACAAAUAUGGAGAUUUCUUUCCUGGGACAGGAGAAUUAAAGGACGUUGGUGCCGGUAAAGGUCGUUAUUAUGCAGUUAAUGUCCCUUUAAAAGAUGGAAUGACAGACCAAGCUUAUCAACAAAUAUACACUCCUGUUAGUCUCUAA